GAAUCAAACGGGUUGUCAUUUCGAAUAGAAGCAUCAAGAUGGAAAUAGCCGUGCGAGUUGUAGCACUGAUUUUUAUGUGUUUUAUAAUUCUGCCCAAUCCCAUCGUAUGUGAGAAUCCCGCAGAUGCAUUCAUACCAAUCGAUAUAAAUUCAACUCUAAGUAGUAUUCCUCGUAUUUACGAGGAAAUUAUUAAAAUGAUCGAGAUGGCGAAUUCAAACUUCACAAUUACAGACGAAUCACUAACCAGGUUUCUCGAAGAAGUUCCAUCGGAUCUUUUCACGGAUAUUCCUGAGGAAGUUAUAGAUGAGAUUGUUACGGAGUUAGUAAGUGGCGCCAUAGAGUCCAGUCUACAGGAUUUUUUUCAGGAUGCUAUUCAAGUGUCAGAAAGUUGCCUAAAUGACUUGACUACGUAUUUUCAGGAUCUUAUUCAAGGCAAUGACUAUGCACUUAGAAUGCUUGCUUCGAAUGGAAAAUUUCCAUCUCUGGCCGAUGUCUACAAUUUCAACUUUCAAUCGCUUGGUGAUUAUGAUCUGUGCGUCGGGCUUGAGAACGCGCCAUUUAGAACGAAGCAGUGUGGAAUGAUUAUGUACUUUCGUCAAUGGCAAUUAAGGAUUGCUGUAUGCAGUCCAGCCUCGUGUAGGAAUGAAGAUCUAAAAGCAAUCACAAACGGAGUGGUAGCAUUACCAGCUUCAUUUUUGAACGUUACUUACAACUUCGGCGAAAUUUACUACGAAUUUCAAUGUAUCGACGAGGUUCCAUGGUCAGGCGGGUCCGUAGCAACAUUGACUCUGUUGUCAAUAUUCACUGCGUUGGUUGUCAUUGGGACUGCUCAUGACGUUCUUGAAAAAAAUAAACUUAAAAAGAAGAAAAAUGUUUAUGAGAAAGAAGGUCGAUUUGAAAUCAACCACGGUUACAAAGGCGAGCACGUAAACACUAUGGAAAGAAAAAGUGACCCAGAAUUACAAGGCCAUCAUCUAGAACAUGUAAAAGGCAAAGGUGAAGCAGAAUCACAAGACGGAGAUGACGUCAGUAGUGAGGCGUCGGAAGCAGCCGAGGCGGGGACUUCUAAUUCAAAGAUAAUAAAGUCACCAACUGGGAAACCUGUUCCACUUUCUAAAGAAAUGACCAAAAUAAAGGGGGAUACCGGUACAUCUGAUGUUACUAGAGUUUUUGAACAAGCACUGUUGUCAUUUUCGGCAAUGAAAAACGGAUCGAAAAUACUUGAUGUCGGAAAUGGUGCUGGACAACUGGAAUGUCUGAAUGGGAUCCGAGUAUUGAGUAUGUGGUGGGUGAUACUUGGGCAUACACUAUAUUUUGCCUAUUCACGAUACGAUAAUAUUCGGUAUGUUUACACCGUUGCCACGGACUUCACAUUCCUAGCCAUUCUUAACGCUACAUUUGCAGUGGACACGUUUUUUGUGUUAAGUGGCCUUCUCCUGACUUACCUCACCCUUAACCAUCUGAAGAAGACAAACGGUCGUCUGAACUGGUUCCUAUUUUACUUCCAUCGAUUUUGGCGUUUGACUCCGACUUACAUGAUGAGCAUUGCCAUCCUCUCAACGCUGUUCGUUUACUUUGGCAAAGGCCAAGGAAAAAUUGAGUUUGCUGAGUAUUCAACUAGUGUUUGCCAGAAAUAUUGGUGGACGAACCUUCUUUACAUUAACAAUCUUUAUCCGUUUCCAGGAAGCUUGACGAACAUGUGUAUGGGAUGGAGUUGGUAUCUUGCAAAUGAUAUGCAGUUCUUUGUUAUCAGCCCAUUUCUCAUCAUUUUACUUUAUAAGAACUGGAAGAUUGGCCUAACAGCCAUUGGCUUUUUGUGUGCUGUUUCAUUCGGUGUUACUGCUUGGAUUUCGUACUACUGGGGUCUUCCGAUCAUUGGCUCGGUAUUACAGCCUCUUUCACUAGCAGUCUCCUCAUUGAUUGCUUUAUUCGUGGGAUGGACCAUGGCAGUAGGCACAGGAAUUGCUGUGGUUUAUGGCAUUUGGGGAGUCUAUAGAGGGCAAACGCCGAGCCACGAAGUUGCGACAUUCUACAACACAGUUUCUCGGUUUGCGUGGUCGGCUGCCGUGGCUUGGGUUAUCUUUGCAUGUGUAAACGGUCAUGGAGGAUUCGUCAACACCAUUCUGUCCUGGGCAUUCUGGACUCCACUGGCCCGUCUUAGCUACGGGGCGUACCUCUUGCACCCUAUUGUCAUGUACGCCGUGAUUUAUUCUUGGAAAACCUUGUUUCAUUUCAGCUACGUUGACUAUGCAUUCUUCUUCGUUGGAUCUAUUGUAUUCGCGUAUGCCUCAUCAUUCAUAUUGGCUAUCCUUAUUGAAGGACCAUUCAUGCGAUUAGAAAAAGUCAUCUUUGGAAAAAUAUAAUGAAACACUGAAAACUAUAUCUAAACAAUGAAAAUAAUUUCAGUAUUGUUUAUUGUUUCUCUAAUACUACCUUAUGAUUGAAGAUAAACACUAACAAAUUAUGAAAAAAUGAUGAUGUAUAACGUUUCAGGCAGUUACUUAUCAGUUUAUCUAAAUCUCGAUGUUUAAUUAGCUUAAUCAAAAUUAUAAUGCUUUCACUUCUUAUUGUAUAAUCAUAGUAGGGAUAAUAGUAAUAAUAAUUAUUAUUUAGACUUGCACUGCUACAUCAGUGGCACACUUUGAAAAACAUAGAUGCGUGCGAAACACAACACUUAAAGACAAAUGAUUACUCAAAACAUUUUAAAUAAUUCCCUUCCUCCAUCCACCUCCCUCCCUGAAAAUUCAAAUGUUAUCCCUCCCCACAAAUAAAACUGAACAAAACUUCACCCCUUAUUUUCAGAAACAAUAUUCCAAGUAACCUUCUUCCCUCCUCAAACAAUGCAUUUACCCCUUACCCUUAAAAAUUAAACAUAAAAAAUAUCAUCAAAACAGUAAUGCAGGAAAGAUAGUAUUUUACAAGUGUUAAAAGGAAAUACUAAAUAAUAAUUUUUUUCUGUCUUAAAAUGAAUAAUAUUGCAUAUAGAA